UCCUCAAAUUACUGUUAAAUUUGAUUGUGAAGAAUGUAUUUUCACUGACUGGAAUAAUGGGUUAUGCUGUGUUUGCUCGUUCUUGUCUGAAGAAGAUGAAUCUUUUUUAAAGAAGAAAAUUAUCACAGUAUCAGUCUUCAACGGCAGACGUCCCGUGGGUAAUGCGUACAUUGACAUUGCAUGUGCAUGGAACAGGAAAGGCCACGAAGUGUGCAGGGUGUGGACUCCGCUGAUAUCGCAGGAAGCUGAUAGGACUGUAGUGGGUUACGUUCAGGCCUGUGUCGGAAUCUCCGAGAGUGCCUCACGGCAUGAGUGCCAGAAUGUCGAUGGGAUGCAGCAGGAACAGACAAUAGAGCAGAACUUGAUGGUGUCCACAACGUUAUUAAAUGAAUGGAAACGCGCCUCACUUUGUCUGCGCGUGUAUAGAGCAGACGGUAUUCCAAGCGUUUACAACGGACUUGACUUGUCAGUCAGGGCUUACUUUUCAGGCAGAAAGGCAGAAACGAGCAGGUGUCGCAUGAAGCACAACUCCGUCACCUGGAACGAAGCCCUGGUGGUUACCGACGUACUGCCGUGGCUCCAUCCUGUCGCCAGAGUCGAGCUGCUUGCGAAGCAGGACGUGGUGAUAGGCGCUCUCCGCGUGAACCUGGGCGCCCUGCCUGCAGACGCACCAGUGUUCGGCCCAAACACGAUGCACAUGUACAGUCGAGAGGUCGCGGGGACCGGGUGUCUGUACGCAGGGCGUGUCCUUCUUACAUUUCAAGUGACGGAGCUUGUGGAAGGAGUCAGAAGUGGACUGAUUAUUCCUCCGCUUGAGGAUGAAGCCGUAGGCAAGGUGCAGUUGUUGCUAGUUGGAGAAGUUCGAGAUGCUGUUGUGCUGGAUGAGGAAAUGUCAGGCCAGUCUUUGAGGUUGGAAGUCUCUUUGGGAGAGGCUGGGUGCAACCGACCUCACGGUUUUGCGAGUGGUGACAGGUCUUCGAGCUCCGCUUGUUUGUACCCAAUUAAGAACAAUCGGGUCGGCACCUCGCACACUUACCUGUCGUGCAACCGAGACGAUGGCACGGUAUACCGGAAAACAGAGUGGGCAGACAGCCUUUACAGACUGCACAGAACCAAUCAUCUAGAAAACAUUACUAAAAAUGUGGAAAGUUUUGUGGACAGCUUGAGUGCCAAAGUGGAUCAAAAUAAAUCAGAUUUCAAUAUGACACUGAAAAAUGGGUUGAAGAAACUGUGUGAUGACUGUCAUUCGUACCUUGCAGUUCAUAGUAAUCGGCUACCGAUAGGCAACCAGCUCGAUAGAUGGAGGCAAACAUUGCGUGUGGAUGAGUUGAUUCUUAUAAAACAGGAGGCUGAUGCAUUAAUUGUGACUUCAAAACCAGUUCCGCGGGAAUGUCUCUGCUGGGCCAGGAAGACUUUGGAAAGACUUAAGUUUUUAAUUGAAGACCCACAGCAUUCUCUGCCCGACGUGUUGCUGUCGCUGUGGAUGGGCAACAGCAGGUUCGCCAACUGCAGGAUCAAAGCCCGCCGAGUCCUUCACUCCGAUGUUUCCCAUGAGCGGGGCACCGUCUGUGGCGUCGUCUCGUCUCUGAUGCUGAAGGGCACGAACAGCGGGAAGACGGUAGCUGUGGUGGAUUUGAAGCUAUGGCUGGGGAGACUAGCUGUUUGGGACAGCAGUCACAAGUGGGAGCAUUUCGCGCUGUCCCCCUUCUGGCACGAGGAAUUCAGCUUGGUGGCCGUUGUGUGUCAGGGCUAUGCAAUGAACUCAAAGGUGUUGCAGAACUCUUAUGUUACAGUCUCUGUAAGACAGCACAGCAAGCGUACUCAGUGUGUUUGUAGGUCCAUCCCGGAAGCAGGCAACCCAUAUGGGAUGAGACACUGUGGUUCCACGAUAUCAGGUUUGAGGACCUGCCUCCCACGGUGGUACUUGAACUGUGGACCCGAAGCACUUCUGUAA